AUGGACGGCUGUUGUUUGAAAAGAACGUCUCAGUGACAAGUUGAGCACUCUUUUAUUGAAUUUCGAGUUUUCCUCUAAGAGAUCAUAUGAAAAAAAGUUUUCCUCGUUUUCUUGGGGAUUUUUUCGCAGUUUUUUGUGCGUAAUUAAAGUUUCUUACGAACAUUUUCUACGCAAAAAAGUAGAUAAAAUUAUAAGAGAGAAUUCCUGCGUGCUAAAUUACUGACAUUUUCAAUGAGUGAAACUGAGAAACUUAAAAAAAACUUCCUAGUUGUAGAAUUGCGAGAGCAGCGGAAAUGAAUGACAAAGAUCUAAUGUGAUGUUGAGAGUCAAAAUCUUUUUGAGCUCAUUUUUGAGACUAAAGAGCUUGAGUUUAUUCUGAGAACAUCAUGAAGCUUAAAAGAAAAAAAAAAUCAACGUUUUAAUUUUCAGCGAUCCGGAGAUUUGCUUGUCGUACGUGGGAAUGCUCGUUGAGCACUUCAACCCUUAUGUUCGAUACGGAGCCUGCAUGGCUCUGGGCAUUGCUUGUUCCGGUUCCGGCUACAAGGUCAGUUAAGCCUUCUUAAAAGUUUCUCUAAUGUCAUAUUCAAUUUCCUUUUUUGCUCACUUUAGAUUUUUUUAUCUCCUGAAUUAAUCUUUAGGAUAAUUCAUUCGUUUUUGCAAUUUUUUAAAUUAUUUUCCAAAGUUUUUCGCCUGUUUUUGAUCCAAAAUUAUCAAAAUUUACCUCAAAGGUUUUUUCAUUCAAACGAGUCAUAUUUUCCUAUUUCAUAGGGCUUCUUCUCUCGGUUCCAUAGAAGAAGCCAAGUUAUCAUAAGAUGCUCGAAAAUUUUUACAAAAAACAUAAUUUUCUCAAAACAGCUUGUUACAGCUGCAGUGAAAAACAUUUUUUGAACUUGAGUAUCACUUGGAAAAAGUUUCACCGCUUGUCUAGCACAAAGCGAGCCUGAAACCAUAGGUGGGUGUGAUGCUCGCUAAGUACCCUGGGAAAGCUAAGAAGGUUCUCGCGCGACGAGUAAUAGGCAAGAUGCUUGAAAACGGCGUGUUGUGUGAACCGUUUAACGGGACCGCCAAGUUUCGUCUGAAAAAUUGCAAUAUUCCUGAAAACUUUGUCCUUGAGAUUUUUCGGGACAUUCAAAAAAAAAACUAUUCGAAAAAUUUUUAUCAUUCAUCCUCAAAAAAUAACUUGAAAUGAAGCUUUUUUUCCCGGCUCGUUUCGAGUUCAACAAACUUUACAAAAAUAAUAAAGAUUUUUUUGAUUCUCUAUUGUCCUUGGCACAGAAACCAGAAGGGUGAUGAAAUGCAACGCCGCGUGUUCGGAGGAUUAUCAGAAUAUCAUUAAAACAUUUUCACUGUUUUAUAAAUCAGGGCAAAAAGUUCAAAAAAGUAUCACAAAACUAUUCCAGGAGGCGGUUGCCGUAAUCGAACCUUUGCUUCAAGCCAAGGAGAAUUUUGUUCGUCAAGGAGCUGUCAUCGCCCUCUCCUUCAUUCUCAUUCAACAGACCGAAGGCUCGUGUCCUAAUGUGAGUUCUUUUCUUUCUUAUCAGAAAUUGGAACAUUUGAAAAGUAUCACUUGUAAACUUUCAUUUUUGUCAUCCAGGAAUUCUUUCCUUUGUUCCACUCUAUCCAUGAAAUUUCGUCAAUUUAUAUUUCGAAAUCAUUCCAUAAGUUUAUGUUAUAAAAAAAAAGUAGAGUUUUGCAUUCAUAUGACUCCAAAUGUAUUUAUGGAUUUAAUUUCGAAUUUCCCGGAAAUCGUGCAAGACUGUGUUAUUUGAUUCCGCUUUUUGGUCACCGCAGUUAAUGAGAUAAUUAGUGAUAGAAGAAACUUGAAUUUUGAUGUUUCCAAUUUUUGCUCUCUUUGAUGAUAAAAAAAGAGUCAUGGGUUAUAUUUGGUUGCAGUUUUUUUUACGUCGCGAAGACCUAUUUUUUACUUGAAUUGCUGUUAAUCAGAAAUUGCUUCAGCAAAGAAAAAAUAGUCUUUUGCUACAAUGACAUGUGAAAAGCGUUAAGAUAUCCAGAACAUGCAAAGUUUUUUGUUCAAACUGACAUUAACGUCACUUUUCUUGGAAAUUUUGUGUUAUUUUAUGACUUUCAAAUAAAUAUAAUGGAAGUUUUUCGUGAUUGUCUGGAGUUAAGAGUUGCGUGGUCAACUCAUAUUCCACAACACAUUGUGUAGAGUUCAAAGAUUUUCCAAAUAUCGUUGUAAGUAAUUUUUCAAAAAAAUUAGGUAUAAGAAAUGGAGAAAAACAAAUGGAAUUUUCUUAGACAAAGAAUGAAAGUUGAAUAGAUUCGAACUUUUUCUCUCAGAGUGCACUGAAAAAUUUUCUGUCAAAGGAAGCACUAUUUUUUUGUACUGCAGUUAUAAUUUUCCACAAUCGAAAUCAUUCUCAUGCAAGUUUCAAAAAUAUCUGGUAGUUGGCUGAAAUACUUUUUGAGAAUGAAUUUUUCAAAGUAGCACGUCUCACAGUUUUUGAAUUUUCGGAAUAAGGAGAAUUUAAAGCUCUUUUAAAGCAAUUUUUGAAAAUUUUCCAAAUUUUGAUCAAAUUUUCAUAUAAAAUUAUCAUGAAGAACCGGAUUUUGUACAAGUUUCCAUAAAAAGAGACUCUGACUCUCUUUAUGGGUUACUCGAAGAACACCAAUCUUACAUCGGUUCUAGCCAGACCACUCAUCAUUUUUGACGCCUUUGAUAGCGGCUGGUGAAUGUUGGGAGCCACAUAAAUCAAAUAUUUGAGUGCCGGUUGGGGGUUAGGGAGCUCGUUUUUUAUGAUUAGCCAACGGGAACAAUUGUUGGCCGUCUUGAUGGGGUCUCGUUAGGAUGCAUGAUUUACGCCCGUUUCGCAAACGUUGGUUCCGCUUUGAAUUACAAUAGGAUUUCGUCUGGAUUUUUAUUUCAAGAUUAUUUUGAGACGACGAGUAAUCCCAAUUGUUAUGCAAGUCAGCGUCCCAUCUUUGCUUUAGCCGCUUGUUGUGCAGGCCUUACGUUUUUUCCUUGUGUUUUCGUUGCUUUUCUGGCAGCAAAAUGAGAAAUAAAUCCGCCACUAAUGAGAGCGCAAAAAACCAUGUACAUAAAGGAACAUGGAUGAAAAUUGAUAAAUAUAUUCUUAGGUGGUCGAGUUCCGCAAGCAAAUCACUAAGAUGGUCAGCGAGAAGGGUGAGGACUCGCUUGUCAAGUUUGGCUCAGUGGUUGCUCAGGUUAGUGAUCCAGGAAAAACGGAGAAUUGGAAGGAAAGAAGAAGAUAUGCAUGAACUUUUGAAGGCACAGUUAUGGGCUAUACAAGAAAAAAAGUAAAUAGCUACGCUGAAGAAGCUACCAUCAGAAAGUAUUACUCUGGAAAAGACCGAAGUUAUCUUUUAGGGUAUCCUUGAUGCUGGCGGUCGCAAUGUGACCAUCUCACUUCGACAACGCGCAGGUCAUGUCGAUAUUUCGGCCGCAAUCGGAAUGAUGCUGUUCCUGCAGUACUGGUACUGGCACACGAUGACCAACUUCAUCUCACUGGCCAUGCGCCCCACAGCUGUCAUCGCUCUGAACAAGGAUCUUAAGGUGAUAGAAAAAUUGGAAAUACCUUUAAUUCACACUUAUCUAAUUCGGUUGCCUCAUUUUGUAAUUCUUACUUUUUAAAAGAAAUCUUUGAUAGUCUCCAUUAGAUUGGUAUUGACAAAAACGAUUUUUUUUUCAACGAAAAAGGUAAUAUUCCGAAUCAAAAAAUUCUUUUCUCUAUGUCUUACUAGAUGGUAUAUUUACUUACACUAUUGAAUCCGUAAUUUGGUAUAUCCGUAUGUUAUGCUAUUAAUUAAUAGCUUUCCGUGGCCGGAAACAAACAAGAAAAACUUUCUAUUUGUUAUGCAUGAUUGUUCACUUGAAAAAACAGAAGUUUGAAGAAAAAAUUGCAGAUGCCAAAAAUGCAGUUCAAGACUAGCGUGAAGCCAGCUCUCUACGCCUAUCCGCCGCCCGUUGAGCCUAAAAAGAAAGACGAAGGCGAACGCGUGAGUUUGCUAUGAUGAAUAAAAGAAUAUUUGAGGCAGCUCUUUCAAAAAGAAGUGCUUUUGCAGGUGGAAACGGCUGUUUUGUCGAUCUCCAACAAAAAGAAGCAGCGACGCUUGCAGACGAUGUUCGACAUGAGAGGAGAUGGUUUCGAGGACUUUGGCGACCUCAUUCCUUCUUCAUCAUCCAAGAAGGAAGAAGAAAGGUUUGGAUUUACAAAUGAUUUCUGAAUAAAUGUGGCGAACAAAAUGGAAAACUCAUUUUUCAAUUUUUCGUUAAAAUUCAUUCAUCUCACAAUUUAAAUUUGCAGUAAAGCAUGUUUGGAAACUCCAGAAGCUGUUCGAAAAAAAGUGUAGGACAAAGUUCAGACUAAAAGCAUUUAUCUUGCGUUUGGAAGUAGUCUCGAAAAUGAGUCUAUACCGUCCUGUUCUUUUUUUCCAUCAACGAAAACUUCAAGGAGUGAUACCUCGAGAGUUUUCGACCUGCUUCGAGCGAUCUUUGAACAAAAAACGAAAGCAAACAAAUCUGACGCAGUCAUGAAAACUAUUCUUUGCAAUAGGUAUCAUUUUCCCACAACCGGAGGCUAUUUUCGGCGACUCGGAAACCUAAAUUUGGCUCUGGAUUCCAGAGAAACCGCCCUCGCACGGCCGCACUUAUUUCAAGCGCCCAUAUGAUUUGUUAAUCAGUUUCCAAGCUCGAAGAUUCGCGGAGAAAGCUGAGGUCGAAAAAGUACGAGGGGUUUUCUGGAAUCUGCACACAUACAGGGAGUCUAUGAGAACCUCGCUCUCUCAAUCCUCUCUUUUUCUCUAACGUGAAACUUUUAUUCGGUGGGGACCUGCUGAAAUUUUUAAAAUGUGUGACGUUUCGAAAUACGAAUCUUUUCUCGCUCGAGAAUGCAGAAACGCAGAUGCUGGCUAUUGUUGUUCCUAAUUUUUUCAAGAUGUCUCUGUUAGCGGUCGCAAAACCAAAACAUCGAUAACAUCUCGAUUCUAAUUAUGUGAUUAAACAGCAAUUAAGCUUGUUCUGACAAUCAAUUAGAAGACAUCAGAAUUCACAUUAAUUAACACUGAAGAAUUAUUUUUUUUUCUCUUUUUGAGGACGAACCAAAAAUUUGUCUGCAGCUAUUGUUAUUUUAGUAAAUCUUUACUGCAAAGCUCAGUAGAGCAAAAAUCUCAGAAGGUUUUACUUUUUGCUUGAAACAUCUUCGAAACUUCCUAGAAGCGUUUUUGAUGAAAGUUUAGCCUUUUCAGUUGAAGCUGAAAACUGAAGUUUUGAUUUUUGUUUACUUUUUCAAAUUUAAAGUUGAACUUUUUUCAAAUUUAAAGUUGAAAAAGACGCAACAGACGACGGAGAAGCUCAUUUUUUUUUCAAACAUCUCAGGAUCGUUAGGAGAUUGAGUCAUUAACUUUUUGUCGGCCACAUAACUCACGCGGCGUCGAGAUUCUUAGACUGAUUGGGUGUACUUCCAUUUUAUUCGGAUUGCACUGAAGAGGCUGCACUCUAAUAAAUUUGAAAGGAAGAACUUUUUCAAAUUCACGUGAUGACUGCGUCUUUCCUGUUUCAGUUUUUGUCGUCUGUUUUUCAAGACACUCUGAGCUCUGUUAAUCAGGAAUUUUCUUCAUUUCGUCUUCAGGGUCUGCCACCAUGACAGAAAAACUCAAAAUUGUGGUCAUUAAUUUAAUUGCAGCAAGUUAUUUGUUGGAACUGCCUCCAGUGAUGAAGCUUAAUUCCCGAACAAAAUAAAAGAGUUCUGUGAACCAAGAAAUAAAGCUUUGAGUUAAAAUUGGUAUAGAAGAAAUUAAGCAAUGAAUCAAAAUUAAAAGUAAAAUGAUCAAAGCAUAUUAAAUCGUAAAAUAAAUUGUAAACCGAAUAAAAAAUACGAACAUUCAGAAAGCCAGUGCAGCCACAGGAUCUGAUUCCUUCGCUACAGAAUCCGGCUCGUGUUGUCAGACUUCAACUCAAGACGCUGUCUCUCUCAGAAAAUUCUCGGUAUACUUUUUCAAUAAAAUUUUUUCCUGUUUUAAGUUUUCCUGCAAGAAAUAAUUUUCGUGCUACAUCCUCUUCUUUUCAGACAUGUUCCGAUAAAGCCGCUCAACUUCGGCGGCGUUGUCAUCAUGAAGGACACGUGUCCGAUGAACUUCGAAGAGCUGGUGCCAAGUCAUCAAGAGGUUUUUAGUCUAUAAAAGCAGAAAAAAAGCUAGCAACGAGAGAUUUUAAUAAAAAAACUUUAUUUAUUCAUUCGAUUCAACAUUUUUUUCAUAUCAAAAAAAGCUGGCAAUAGAAUGAUUUUAAUUUAUUUUCUUCUCGAAUGAUAAAGAUGAUCAAAAAACAGCUUCACGAUUGUAAUUUUCGAUUAAAAAAAUUAGAGAUCUUUCGAAGUUUGAGAGCAAUUACUCCACUGAUUUUAUUCCAAUUCAGGCCACUACUGAUUCUCCGACUGAUGGGAAAGUUAUCGAGGAGCGCAAGCCCCACGCUGCCUUUGAGAUCGAUCUCAACGAGCAUUAA